CUCUGUGGCACGGCACGGCUUGGCGUCUCGCAUCGGCAUCUCGGCAUCUCCGUUUCUUUCGGCUUCUAAUGGCAGCCGUGAGAACUUUGCCGAAUGCUUGGAAUGGUGCAGCCAUCAUUUUUGAUGGUGGUGGUGCUCCUGCUGCUCGUAGCUACAUUUUCCCAGUCCCUCCAACCGGAAAAUGCCAGCAGCAAGCCACCAACCAAGGAGCUGCCUCGCCCGCUGAUCCCACUCGAGGAGGAGCAUGAGAUUGAGUCGGGAACAUUCCAGAGAGAGCGUAAUGGGCGCUCACGUCGCCCCACCCUGAUGGAUGUGGCGUUGCAGCAGAGCGUGCGGCAGGGACUGGACGCCAUGGCCGAGCUUUAUGGCCGCAUCCAGCCGGAGAUGCUGCGCAAUGGUCAAACCCUGCAGGACAAUCAUCCGGCCGCGAUGCUCUCCCGCUUCAAUGCCCCCACCGUGGACACCGAGCGGCGGGAGAUGGCCGCCUAUGCAACCAUAGCAGCAGCCAAGGCCUUUCGCAAAAACUUCCAGCACUUCGAUGAGCUGGCCCGCCAGUCGCACGCCCAGAAGAUCUCCCUGCGCCGCACGGCCCUGGAGGGUCUCUGCCCGCCCCGAGAUCCACCACCCUGCAUGCCCGCCUCGGAGCGGUAUCGCACCCACGAUGGCACCUGCAACAACAAGCGGAGACCCCGCUGGGGAACCGCCCAGAUGCCCUUCAAUCGCUUCCUGCCCCCGGAGUACGGCGAUGGUGUGGACACUGUCCGCAGUUCCACGGAUGGCAGCACGCUCUCCUCGUCCCGGUUCGUGAGUCUGCUGGUCCACGGGGCCAGGGAGGGCGAGGCGCCCUUGACAUUGAUGAUAGCCCAGUGGGGACAGAUGCUCGACCACGACAUGACCUCCACGGCCCAGCCACGCUCCAUCAAUGGCUCGAUUCCCAGCUGCUGUGGCGGCAAGGACUUCCAUCCCGCCUGCUUCCCCAUCAAGGUUCCGCUGGAUGAUCCCUGGCUGGCACCGCUCAAGGUGCGCUGCCUCGAGUUUCUGCGUUCGGCACCGGCCCAGCGGCGCGACUGUGUGCUGUCCUGGCGAGAGCAGACCAACCAGGUGACCUCCUACAUCGAUGCCUCGCCCAUCUACUCGAACAGUGCCAAGUCCUCGGACAAUGCGCGCGUCUUCCGCAACGGCCUGCUCAUCUACGGACGCGGUGAUCCCGCCGAGGAUGUCUGCCAGCGCGGGGCCAUAGCCACCAAGUGCAUCCGCUCCGGGGAUGGCCGAAGUGGAGAGCAGCCCGGCCUCCUGGCCAUGCACCACGUUUGGGUGGGCGAGCACAAUCGCAUUGCCAUGGAGCUGAGCGACAUGAAUCCGCACUGGAGCGACGAGAAGGUCUACCAGGAGACGCGGCGACUCGUCGGCGCCAUGUUCCAGCACAUCACCUACCGCGAGUUCCUGCCCGUCGUCCUGGGCCGCGAGGUGUGCCGUCUCUUCGACCUGGACCUCCUCUCCACGGGCUACUACGAGCGCUACAGCUCCAAGGUCAAUCCAACGGUGGCCAAUGCCUUUGCGGCGGCUGCCUUCCGCUUUGGCCACUCCCUGGUGCAGAACUCCUACACGAGAUGCGAUCGCCAUCACAAUGUGAUCAACAAUAAUGUCAGCCUCCAUGAGGAGUUCCAGCGAGGAGACAUUGGCUCAGCCGGCUCCCUGCACCGCCUACUCAGAGGCUUGGCCUCCCAGCGUGCCCUCAAGCGCGACGAGUUCAUCACGCCGGAGCUUACCAAUCAUUUGUUCCAGACGGCCGGCUUUCCCUUCGGCCUGGACCUGGCAGCCAUCAACAUUCAGCGUGGCAGGGAUCAUGGCAUUGCCCCGUAUAGUGCCUGGCGUGUGCCCUGUGGCCUCACUCCCAUCCAUAGCUGGGAUGAUUUUGCCAACGUAGUCGGACCGGAGUCGGCCAAGCGCAUCGGCCACGCCUACCGCAGCGUCCACGACAUCGACCUCUUUGUGGGCGGCAUUGCGGAGCGACCCGUGGUGGGUGGCCUGGUGGGGCCAACCUUUGCCUGCAUCAUUGCCCAGCAGUUCAGCAACUCGCGGAGGGGAGAUCGCUUCUGGUAUGAGAACGGAGGCUUUGAGAGCUCCUUUACGCCCGCCCAGCUGCACUCGCUGCGACGGGUGUCCCUGGCGCAGGUCCUCUGCCGGACGGUGGGCGGAGGUACCCUCCAGCCGCACAUCUUCAUACCCGCAGAGUUCACGGACAACGAGCGGCAGAACUGCGGAGUGGACAGCCUGGCACCCAUCGAUCUGAGUCCCUGGCUGGAGCAAGAUCCGUUUCUGGCUGGGCACAAUCAUCACCAGCAACCAGAUCAGGUGACUAACAUCGGGCAGCCGGAGUUGGGCUCGCUGCAUAUCGUCAAGGAGGACAAGGCGGGCUUCUCGAAUCGCGUGAAGCCCACCAGGCCUCAGGUGGAAGUCAAUCCCAAUUCGGGCAGUGGCUUCCAUCGCCCCAGUCCCAGUGGCAACAUCACCAACUUCACCAAAUUAAGCGACAAACUCGACCUCAAACGCAAGACAGUGACGACCAGCAAUGGCAACAACAAUCGUAGGGUGACACCAACCCGAAAGACCGGACACGGGGUAAACAACAAACUGGACAAAUCUCCCAAGAUAACGCUGAACAUAAAGAACGUGAACGUGCGAAGACCAGAGCAGGGUGCGGGUCUCAAGCGCAGGGUGAUCAUCAAUAAUGUUCCCCUAGAGCUGAGGCAUGCCGCGGAAGGGAAUGCAACCGAUUCGGAUGCAGUAACAGAGACAGAAGACGGAAACGAAGACAAAGACCAAGGCGCGGACGUAGAUGUAGACGAGGACAUAGAAGAACUGGCAGAGUUACGGAGUACCGAACCACUGAAACAGGACGAAACUGAACCAAAAGAAACGGACGAACAGCCACUGACAAACAUAACCACUGCCCAAACAGAGAAGGAAAAGAACGAAGACGAACGAACCUCCAUUGACCCACUGAGACAAACAACUGACGACUUGACGGCCUCGAAGCGAGUCUCAAGGAAGCUUUCACAGGAGACGAAACCACAGGACAAGACAGCUGACUUUCGACUGCUGCACAUGCAACGCAAUCGCACCACUACAGAGACCACUCAGAGUUCCACCACAGCCAGCUUGGGACGAUCCACACUACUGACCAAGGCGCCCAAGAGCAACAAGACCACGAAACGGGGAGUCGAACUGAGACAAUACCAGAGCAGACCGAUAUACACGAGACCCCAGAAGGUGGUGGUCAACGGACCGAACGCCGACCAGUACGAGAUCGAGAUCAACAUACGACAGACGAACAAAAGUCCACAGAAUCGACCCUCCGACACGACGGACUAUGCCGAGUACACGACUGUCUACAAACCGUACAACUCCAACCACAACUACGACCCACACUACGGGGAGUAUGCCAGCACCACGCCCAUUCCCAGCUAUGGCUACUUCGAGCCGCAGGCACAGGAGUCCGGCACACAAUCGCACAGGACGAAGCCACCGACGAUCAUUUACCUGAACGACAAUGACGACAGACACCAGACCACUACUCGAGCACCGAACAUCUUCCAGAACUUUCUGACCUUUGCCACCAGCAGCUUCAAUCCGCUCGGCAAUCGACGUCCCUCUCCCACGCCACCGACUCCGAUCUCCCAGCCCCAUAAGGAGCGGCCCCACUACGAGAACAAUGUGAUUAACAGUCCCCUAAGUGUGGGAAGCUCCCACAUUAAUGCGGGUCCAGCGUACUCCUCUAGACCCUCUUCGGUUCACUCGUAUCCCGUGUCCACUAGCUCCCAGAUAGGCGCCAAUCAUCAGUCAUAUCCCGUGUCCACUAGCUCCCAGAUAGGCGGCAAUCAUCAGUCGUAUCCCGUGUCCACUAGCUCCCAGGUAGGCGGCAGUCCACAGUCGGGUUUUCUCCAUGUCUCCAGCAGCGCCGUGAGUGCAGGUAACUUCGGGAGCAUCUCCGGGGUGGCCAGUGCCAAUGGAGCCGACAGCACAUUCAGCUUCAACAUACGACCACGUCCCAGUCCCGAGGUGAGUCCGGUGGUCAGCUCCUAUCCACGUCCACAAAGUCAGAGUGGCGGGGGCUACGGCUUGACUGGACAGUCUCCUUAUAGGCCAGACUAUCACCAAGGCCAGAGCGAGCUCUACUACGAUCGUGAGGUUAGCUCGGACAGUAAUCCGAGUCCGUUCUCCAGCUCCAGUUCCGCUCACAGGCCACAGACGCUUGUCCAUACACAGACCUUUUACGGACGAACGCCGGAACUGAAGGAAGCACGACCAGACAGCAACAAAGACAACCACAGCAAUGACAAUGACAAUGACCUGAUCAAAACCGAAAACAAACUGUACCUACAAGACUACGACUAUCUCAGCCGUACUCUAUCCAAUAUUACCAAGGAUGAGGGCACCGAAGAGGACAACGACGACGACUACGUAUACGACGAGGACGAACCCAGCAAUGACCUGGACGGCGCAGUGACGGGCAAACAGGACAGGACGGACAGCACUGGAAUGCCCACCAAGAAAUACGACAAGAACGGCUACAUGAGACCCCAAGACAACAACAGAACCACAACGAACGCCACAGCACUGGACGACAACUACGUACUGCACAUGCUGGAGAACAAGACGCAGAGCAACUACGUGACGGAGAUUCCCAAGCCCAUGCUGUCCACCUCCACGCGGAGCAUAGCCAACAGCAAGGUGACCGUUUUCUCGGACAGCCUGGGCAAGCAGUUGGGCAAUGACAUUCUCGCCGACGAGACGAGCGACUAUGACGAUGACGAUGACAAGACUAGGACUGGUACUGGCACUGGCACUGGUGCCCUGCAGAAGGCUCAGAGACUGAAACAGCUGGCCAACGUGGCCUUUGCCCCGAUUACUGUGCUAACGAAGCCUGACAGACCCGACAACUGGGUGAUCUAUAACAAGGCCAGUGAAGAGCCGCCUUUGCCUCAGCCGCCGACUCUUAGCUUGGAUGUGGCGCCUACCGGAGAGAUACCCACUCCCAUACGUUUCUUUAACAAUGGAUGGAAGAAACAAGAUCUGAAAGCUAUCACGGAAACAACCCCGCCUUCAACCACAGAUGCGGACACACCGCAGACAGAAACAGAAACAGACAGCACAACAGAGGAGGUGGAGGGUAUUGGCGCGGGAGAAGAUACUAGAGAGUCAACCACUGUGGCAGCAUCCGAGAGUAACUAGUAAUGCCAAAUAAGCCCUAGAUUACUUAACAUUUAUUAAU